ACCCCAAUCUCAUCAUUAUUUUAGCUAAAACAUUUGCAAACAAUAUUUAAAAAAAGAAGAAGAUAAAAAAAGGGUGUUUCAUUAAGUUAUUCCAAGAAAAUAUUCUCUUAAAAUUAACUAAUUUGGCCAAGAAAACGAAAGGGAAUGUACCAUAAACUUAUGAGUAAAAUAGGAAAAUAAUUAUUGUAUACAAGUACACGGUACCAAAGUUGAAAGACUUUUUGGAACCCCAAAAAGAAAGUAAAAGGAAACGAAAAAAAAGAAAGAAAAAAAAAACGACACCGGAUGAUGCAUGUCGAUAGUGAGUUAAAAACCGCUAUGGGGUCCCACUCACACACGACGUCGUAUAAAAUGUUCACCAUCAAACUCAACCAACUCCACCAACUCCACCGAGCGUAGAGCCAAAAGUUCUGAUAGCUCACGCCACUCUCGAGACGCCACACCGCCACACGCCGUCGUCUUCUUCUCUCUUCCACCUCUUCCUCUUCUCUCUUUCUUCUGGUAACGUCGUUUCGUGUCCUUUUGCUCUCUCCCUCUCUUUGCUCUCUCAGUCUCUUACUGUAAAUGCUUGGAUUGCGUCCACAUUUUUCUGCUAUUUUCUCGCUAUUUUUUCUCUAAGAUUUAUUUAUUUAUUUUUAUAUUCUGUUCGUCAUCGCUUUCUGUCUAAUCUGGUCUAGGGUUUCCGUAAAUAUUUUCUCGAGAAAUUUAUUGUAAUUGUUUGUGUAUAAGUAAAUUAUAUAUACAUGUUUAUAUAUGAAGGGGCGUAACUAUAUUAUAUUUUAUUGCUAAUGUUUGAAAAAUAAAUUGUGAAAGCAUUUUUCUGUCAGAAUCAAUGGCGUUUUAGUGAUUAGAAUGAGUUCUUAACAGUAACUGUGCCUCCUUGAAUUUGUUUUUUAAUGGAAAAUAUAUGAUAAUUACGUGUUAGUGAAUAGUGAUUAGCCUUUUCGGAAUUCGGGGUAUGGGGUUUGGUGAGAGAGGUGGAGAAAGAGAGGAAUCUGUGUAUGGAAUGAACUUUUGGUUGGAAACGGAGUGGUGUAUAAACUGGAUUACAAUGUAGGAUACAUUUUUCGGAAAAUGUUCGGAGUUGUACCUUCGUUGCUGUAAUAAAUUGUGUUUGAUUGUGGUGAAAAUUUGGAUUAAACAUGCCUCACUGCGAGGAGUUAUAUAUUGCUGUGCUAAACCCUUCACAUUUUUGUACUUUGACCUGGUAUUUUGUUUUGGUGGGUAUGAUUACCUGAGGAAGGGAUAGUUAUGGUUGCUAUGAAUAGUGAAUUUGACAGCUUUUUGUUAGAUCACCAAUGGAGUCAGACGAGGAGCAGGAUUGUUUUCGCGGGUUAUAUCCAGAGUAUGGUGCAAUUUUCAUGUCAAGCAGUGCAACGAUAGAUGAGUGUUUUAAACGGAGACUGUUUGGCCUUCCAUCUUCACAAGGCCAAUUUGUAAAGCAGAUUAAAACUGGAAUGAUUUUGUUUCUGUUUGAAUUCGAAAGGAGAGAACUUCAUGGUGUUUUUCAAGCAUGCUCUGAUGGUGAAAUGAAUAUUUCGCCUUCUGCAUACAAUUCAUCAGGAAGGCAGUUUCCUGCUCAGGUAAAAGUCAAUCUUAUUUGGCGUUGUCAUUCGCUCAUAGAACCUGAAUUCAGUGGCGCAAUCAAAGAUAACUAUUUUUCAAAUUGGAAGUUCAAUUUUGGUCUGUCCAAAGCUCAGGUUCGAAGGCUUCUAAUGUUGUUCAGUUCACGAAAGUUGAAAUAUCAGCGGCGGCAGAGAGAAUUAGCCAGUAGAAGAGAAGCAAUAUCAGUGGACACUGCUGGUAGAGUCAAGGUAGUUGAUGAUGGCAAAACUCUAUUGAGUGAUAAGGCAACCAAUGAGCUUGUUGCCGACAAUCAUAAGGGGCCAAAAAUGACUGGGUCACCGGGGAAUGUCUCUGGGAAUAUUGGAAAAGGAGAUGGUGGCAGGUUGGCAAGUGAUGAAGUGGGUAAUCUUCAUGACGUAGACAAGAAGGUUGGGGAGAUCAUGCAGAGUGAGUAUCCUGUGCCCGUUCCAGGUGAAGUUGGACAAUUGGAUGCUACUUUUGCAAUGUCUGAGAGGGCAGGGAAUGAAUUUAAUGUGGAUGUUGAAUCCGUGUCAUCUGAGCAUCCUAUGUCGGGUCAAUCUGGAAAUGGUGAUGACGACCUGGUAAUUCAUGAUGAUUCCAUCUGUUUAAUGGGUGAUCAAUUACAAAUCGGCAAUACUGAAAGUAAUGUUUUUGGGCCAGCUGUACCAACUGAGAACCCUGCUUUCUUUCAGUCUAGUCUUGAUAGACCUGUCUGUGCUGGCAUGCUUGUUGAAGACACAGGUUCUUUGAUUCAAGAUCAAACUAGAUCAACUUCAACUGUUGGCCAUCUAAUGGAGCUGCCAAUUGCUGGCCAUUCUUGUUCACCAUCUCCAUCUUAUAGAGAUGUGAUUGUAACCAGCACCUAUGAUCCGGAUGCUCUUAGUCUGAACCAUCCACGCUCACAAUCAAUUGGGGUCAAUCAGAGUUCAAAUUCCGUUCAAGAUUGUUAUAAACAACAUGGCAUUCCUUCCAUUACAAAUCAAUCAUACACAGAGCCAAAAGGAAUCAAUCAAAGCCUAGAGUCCAAUCCAAAGUUUGAUGUUCAUGUUCCAUUCGCAUCCUCUGACCAUUAUGAGCACACAUGUCAUGGGAACAUCAUGCCUUUUCCAGGGGUGGCAUAUUCUGAAGAAAUGACCAUAGAUUCUUCUGGAAAACAUCGUUCCUGGGACCCAGUUUUGAAGAGUUUUUUAUCAACUGACAGUUUUUCACAAAUUGGAAGUAGCAGGAGGGAAACCAAGAGGCCAACAUCUUAUUCUCUCAGUCCUAGUAACUGUCUGUCCUUUGUGAUUGAUCGUGCUCAUCCUGUAGCAUUACAAAAGAAACUUGAGCAAGAAAUGGCACAGAAAUGGAACAAUGAACCAUGUACUGCUAAUAUAACUUCAUCUGAGGAGCUUCAGUGCCAGUUGCAAUGUCGCAUUCAUCCUGAUGGUCAUAGCACUAGCAGGGUGGACCAUCGUAAACAGAAAUCUUUUGAUCAUGAUCUCAAGUCUUAUGGAUUUUCUGAAGGUAUGCGUUCUGGUCAUUGCAGCGUGGACUACCAUAAACAGAAAUCUUUUGAUCAUGAUCUCAAGUCUUGUGCAUUUUCUGAAGGUAUGCGUUCUGAUCUGAAGAAUGAAAGAAGUGUAUUUUCUCGCUUGGCUUCAGAUACGCCUGGCAAAGAGAAUAGUAUGCAUACUGACUACGAGGAAAAUGAUAACGAUGUAUCAGUGGAUGAAGUCAUGGCAAUGUUGAGUGCGAGUAACUACAGCUGGGUGAAAUCAAAAAAAUCUAAGCGGGCUACUAGACUGCACGAUGACAAAGAGAAGUUUAGGAAUAAGAAAAAGACCAAAGUGGACUCUGAGUUGGAUAGUAAUUACUUGGAAUUGAUUCCAAAGAAGUCAAACAUGGCUUCUGCUACACGCGUUGAAGAUAAAGAUGAUCAAGGGCGUGAAGAAAUACCAUUUGUGGAUUUCAAGCGGCGGAGUGUACUGCGGAAACUUAAUGGUGAUACCAAAGCCAGAGCCAAGGAUGAAAGUGCAGGAAAUGAUAGACUGUUGGGUGGGCAGUGCAAGAGAAGAAAGUUGGUCAGGCCGAGUUUCAAUGACAAUGAGCCAGGCGAUGAAAAAAGCAUAAAUGGAAAUACUUCUCUGAUUUUACAAGCAUCGUCACAAGCAUCGUCACAAGAAUCUUCCAUUAGUGAAGAUGUUAAUGGCAAAAGAAGGAAGCUGGUUAGACCGAAGUUCAGGGUGAAUGAGCAAUGUGAUGAUAAAAGCAUGAAUGGAAACACUUCUAAAAUUUUACAAUUAUCAUCUCAACAAUGUUCUACUAGUGCAGAUGGUGGAAGUUGUGAGGCUUCUGUUGGAAGCCAAGGUAAGUUGUUACCGCAAGGUACAGGUUUGUCGCUUGUGGUGUGUCAAAACAGUCAUGAGAAUGAGAAUAAUCAAACUGAAAGAUCUUCAAAAUAUGAAAGAAAAAUUGAAGUUGAAAGCUUUGCGGCAUCAGUCAAAUUCGGAGAUGAAGGUCGAAAAGAGCCUCUUCAUGAUGUUGGCAGCCAAAUUACUGACCUUGCAAUCCCUAAGUUGUUACCGCAAUGUACAGAAUCGCCUCAAGUGGUUCCCGAAGGUCAAAAAGAGCUUUUUCAUGAUGUUGGCGGCCAAAUUGCUAACCUUGCAAUUCCUAAGUUGUUACUGCAAUGUACAGAAUGGCCUCACGUAGUUCAUCAAAGCAGUCGUGAGAAUGAGAAUACUGAAACGGAAAGAUUUCAAGAAUAUGAGCAGGAAAAAAAACCAGAAAUUUCCGGACCGUCUAUCAAAAUUGAAGAUGAAGGUGGAAUGGAGCCUCUUCAUGAUCUUGGCAGCCCAAUUGGCGGCCUUGCAAUCCCAUAUAGAGACAAAAAUCCUAAUGUUCAGAAAGACUCGGAUUUUAAGGUUCCUAUUGUGCACAAAUCGUCUCAAGAUUGUAAUGAUAUCAGUCACAUCACUGUUCAGGAGUCAGCUGUGCAAUUGCCGGAACAGAAUUCUGGAACAGGAAAUGCCUUUUCUGAAAUUGAAUGUGCAAGAGUCGAUGAACUGGAGUUGCUUUCAAGAUUUGAACUUUGUCCUGAAAGUGGUGAUCUUAGUAUCGGUAAUGUAAUAGGCAGCUCAGGUAGUCUAAACUCUGGGUUGCAAAGAGGAACCAAAGAAGUUGCUAUUUGUGUAGAUGCUGGUGUUGGUGAUAACCAACAUGAAUCCAGUCAUAAGCAGUCUGAGGCAUCUCUUGACACCGUGAGUUGCUUGGACAAGCAAGAACCAUCUCAAGAUCACAGAUCAGGUAAAUUGUCUGAGGCACCUUUUGGCACUGUCGGUUGCUUCAAAAAGCCAGAAUCUUGUCUAGAAUUUCGGGACCUGAAUUUGGGAUUUGGAGAGCGACUUUUUAUACUUAGUAAUAGUUUCAAAAGCUAUGAUGUUAAUGCUUCCAAGCAUGUGGGUGAAAGGAGAGAUGCUCUUCAAAUCAGCGGUAGUAAUGUUUGCAAAAGUUCUGACAUUGAUACUCCUGAGAAUACGGAAGAUACGAUUAGCAAGGAUCUUGUUCCAAGCAGAAAACUUGAGCCCGAGGCAGCCGACAACCGCUCUGAUAUUGAUACUUCUAAGCAUGUGGGCGAUGCACAGGAUUCUCUUCCAAUCAGCGGUAGUAAUGUUUGCAAAAGCAUGGGUACCUCUGAGAAUGUGGAAGAGAGGAAGGACUUUUUUCCAAGCAAGGGUAUAAUUAGAAAACGUGUACUCAAGAGAGCAAUCAACCGCUCUAAAUUUGAUACUUCUAAGCAUGUGGACGAUGUGAAGGAUGUUCAUCCAGUCAGCGACAGUAAUGUUGACAAAAGCAUUGGUACUUCCGAGAAUGCGGAAGAGAAGAAGGUUGUUUUCCCAAGCAGGGCUGUCAUUAGAAAACGUGUACUCAAGAUAGCAGACAACUGCUCUAAAAUUGAGACUUCUAAGCACAUGGACGAUGCAAAGGAUUUUCUCCCAAUCAGCGGCAGUAAUUCUUGCAAAGGGUCAGACAGUGCGACCUCUGAGAGUGCGGAAGCAAGGGAGGAUGUUCUUCAAAGCAACGUUGAAAUCGGAAAAGGUGAACUCAAGACGGCCUGCAGCCAAAAUACAAGUUUAGCUCAUGAUUUUGAGUUUGAUGAUGAUAGUAAAACUGAUGAUACUGAAAGAGAAAACAAGAGGCUUUGGAGUAUUCUAACGGCCAGGUUGAAGCUGCUGAAGAAUGCUCAACAAACAACACUGACAAGGUCCUAGCUUUCGGUCGAUGCUUCAUCCUGAAAACGAGUCAUUGCAGUUGACAAACAGGUUUUUUCAAGUAUUUGAUUAGUUGAAGUUAAAGAUCAACCCACAUUCCUGUAAAAGCGGAGUACUAGGGCUUUUCAGCUUGUCGUGGUGUUACUAACAGAAGAGCUGGAAAUACACGCAUGAAAGCUGCCGCGUGCCGUGUUCUUGACCUUCUUCUGGUAGCUGUUUUCGAGUUGCUUGGAGUGGAGUGGAAGAAUGCAACGGUUAUGCAUGCAAAGUGAUGACCCUUUUUUGUUGGUUAAGCUCUGAUUUUGGUUAAAGAAUAUAGUUUUCUUGAAUAUGUUCCCAGGAUGUGUGAAUCUUUUGAAUCGGGUUGAAGGAAAAUUAUAAUCUUGUUUCUUGUA